GACAGACCAGGUCUCACAAAGGCCAUCCCAGCAGGGCAGAAAACAAAAACCCAAAAAAAGAAAAAAAAAAAGAAAAAAAGAACCCCAAAAAACAAAAACAAAGAGAAAAAAAAAUCCAAAUUUCUUCUUCCCCAUGUGAGGAAGAAGAAGAAGAAGUUAAAAAAUCAGAAAAAAAAGGAGGAAAAUAAUUUUCAAAUUCUGGGUUUUUCUUGGUUGAAUUUUUAUAUAUAAAUAUUAUUUUCUCUUUUUCAUUUUCUUCUUCUUUCUCAUUUUUGUAAAUUCCGUGGAAAUAUAUAUAUAUAUUUUUAAAAUUAUGGGGACGGAGAUUUUGCGGCCUCAGGACUGUUUAAUCGAAAGGAUUCGAGUACCUCCGGCGUCGUUUUAUCGUCGGAAGAGUUACUAUGGAAAUCCCAAUCCUAACCCUAACCCCAACCCCAAUUUCCACUACUCUAACCCUAGACCUAAUCGGAAACAACACCACCACCAGGUGGUGUUGCGGUCGGAGAAGAGGGAUGAGAGAAAGCUGCAACAUAGGUAUGGGUCUGAGCCUUCGGUCUCGAAGAGAACGAGCUCCGGUGAUCUAUCAGCGAUGAAGACGAUGGAAAAAGUCACGAUUUUGAGGAGAGGCGAGUCGCUGGAUUCGAAGAUCAAGAGCAGCGAAGGUUUGAAGAAAGAAAGUGAUGGUGGUUUGGUUGUUUGUGGGACCGAAAGGUUGGGUCCCGAUCCCGAAAUGGUUCCGAAACAGACUCGGAUCGUGGAUCUGAAGUCUCCGCCGGUUGUGGCCGGGAAAACCGACGUGUAUGCUGGAUCGGCGUGCGCAGUUUCUCCGGCACCGAGCUCGCUUCCUUUGCCUUCGUUCUCGAAGAAGAAACAGGUUUUCGCCAUCGUCGAUGACUCAGCUACCAGAGACCUGAGGCGUUUGCUUCGACUCGAUUGACCCAAAAAUGCUCGAACAAUCAUCAAGAAGAAACGGGUGGAGUUCCGGAUCCGAUUAUCCUGACCCGGAUCCAGAUUUGACCCGAAAACAUUCUCUCUCUCUCUCUCUCUCUCUCUCUCUCUUCUUCCUUAUCUUUUAUCUUCUCCAUGUUAUCGUCUCUGCUACGUUUCUCUCGGUGUCAAAGAUCCGAUCUUUCCGUGAUUUUUUUAAACGGGGACAGAUCUGGAAACUGGGAAAAAUACAGGGACGAAUCAGAUAAAUAUUUUACAGAUGGUAAUUAACUAUGCUACUACUAUUCUGGGGUUGUUUAUGGGGUGUUGAAAAUAUGAUGGGUAAAUUAGGAUAACUAUGAGGGAAAUGGGGGGUUUAUUUGUAAUAUUUGGAAAAAAAAAAAAAUAGUUUGGGUUGGGAAUUAAAAUGGGUGUGGGUUUAUCUCAGUUUAUGGAUGUGAUGUGAAAAAAAUGAUGUAUGUUUUCUGCUCUGAUUAAUGAGGGCUUUUGUGUUGUUGUACCCUUAUGUAUGUAAAGGAAGAUGAAAAAAAAGAAAAAAAAUAGGGAAAUCUGGGCAAGAGUUCCUUAUUUCCAUUUGUCUUCCUCUUUGUUUUAGAUAUUCAAUCUCUUUGUAUUUCUGUAAAUAUUUUGUUAGUCUGUAAUAUCAGGGUAAACGAGUCGUUCUUGGUAACGUCAUUAAUCUAAAUUUCUAGAUUCGAUUUGAGAA